CCGUUUAAAUUCAUCUAGCGGGAAAACGAUAAAAUUAUCAGAGCGUCACAGUUAAGCAAACAUUAAGCGGAGUAAAGAGCCGGAGGGAGAGGGAGAUCAGAAACAGGGAGAGAGGGAAGGAGAGAGGGAGAGAGGGAUUUCAAUGGCGCCCAGGAAACGCGGAGAUGUGCAGGAAGAGCCAGCGAAGCCCAAGUUGUCAACGAGGGUGACUCGGAGCGCGGCCAAGCGAGCGGGCAAUACAAACUUGGCUGACCUCGUGGUUGAUUGGCCGCAGCCCGAGUUGCCGAAGAAGAAGAAAGCAAAGAAGGCUGUCAACAAGGAAGUGCAGGGGGAGGACAAUUUGGAAGUGGCGAAGGCCAAGACCAUAGUGAUUGAGCACUGCAAACAAUGCAAUUCAUUCAAGACAAGGGCUAUUCAGGUUAAAGAAGGUUUGGAGAAAGGUGUUUUUGGUAUCACAGUGGUGAUCAAUCCUGAUAAGCCAAGAAGGGGUUGCUUUGAAAUACGGGAGGAAGGUGGAGAGACAUUCAUCAGUCUUCUGGACAUGAAGCGACCGUUUGCACCAAUGAAGGCUCUGAAUAUGGGUAAAGUCAUCUCUGAUAUUACCGACAAGAUCAAAUGAUGAGCAACUAUUUGCAAGUGGAUUUUGGUGUUUGCAGUUCAGUCAUUUUGUUGUAGUGCUUGAGAUCAACUGCGUGUCAACUCCGUUUUUAAGGUAGAAACUUUAGUACUCAUAUAUGCUGUUUGUUUGGUUUUUGAUUUUUGUCAAUUGCAACACUCUUAAGAUCACGAGGGUAUUUAGGCAUGGAUGGUCAUUCUGGAUACCUAUUGACAGGAUGAGAUGAUGCAUACAGGUGCAUUUAGGUUGAUUUAACAAUGUCAUUGUUGUAAAUGCCCUUUUCUGUUAGCGCUUGAAGGUAGCAAAUUACCUUAA